AGUGGACGGAGGGAGUAUUAUGUUGGGUGUUUUGAAAUGGAAGGAGGCAUUUGAAAUGGAAGUAGCCAAAUAGGAACACGUGUGACGCGCGAAGUCGCAGUCGAAUCGAUCCGCAAACGAAUUCAUCUCGAAUUCUCUGAGUUACAUACAACAAUCAGCUUCCAUAUUCAACACCUCUGCUCUCUAUAUAAAUCAGAUAAAGGAAGAAGAUGACACAACCAAGCAAAGAGCCGUGUAAGAAAGAAGCUUGCAAUAUUCAAGCCUGCCUCUCUAAAAACAAUUUCCUCCCACAGAGGUGUGUGAAAGUUAUCCAGCAGCUGCAAUAUUGCUGCGAGCAAUGCGAAUACAAAUCCACACAUUGUGCAUCAGUAGCUGGUAUUUUGAAGCAAAUAAACAAGUAAAAUUCACAUUGGUUGGAGCCACAUAUCUUGCUUUUAUUUUACUUUACAAGAAUAGUGCAUGAUACCACUGUAAUGUAAGAAGACUCACAAGAAAAGCAUCUACAACUGACCAUCUUUUUUUGUCUUCUGAAUAACAUAUUUACUGAUUUUGCACCAA